AUGUUUAACUGGGUGGUAAAAGUGGUUCCUCAGUUCCCUCAGCCCCCUGGCAAAUUUGGAGAGGAGGGGCAACCCAACGGCCCUCAGGCAACACCAAACACAACCCCAUCUCCUGUACCGGAAGAGAACGCUGUGGAUGUCAGGCGAGGGAGUCGCGUCAUCGGCUGGAUUGUGCAGGGAUUGGGCAAAGUCGUUCCUCAGCCGGAUGGGGGUCCCAAAGACGAAAAAGGAGAUGAGGAGACUACAGAGGCACAUAGAGAGGUCAAAGAGGUGGAGAAAGAGGUGGAAAAAGAGGUGGAGAAAGAGGUGGAAAAAGAGGUCGAGAAAGAGGUGGAAAAAGAGGUCGAGAAAGAAUUGGAGAAUGCAGAGCCCCUACCACACAUCCCCGUUGUGGAGGUGGUGUCUGAAGUGGAGGUCCCUGAGCAGCCAGGUGGCCUGACCCCCAGGGUGAUUGGUUGGCUGAAGUACGGCUUUGAUAAAGUGGUUCCCCAGCCACAACUGACCAACGGCCCUGCCAACGUGGACAGCACAGGUACAAACUCUGAGGAACAGAAAGCUAUCCCACCACAACCUGACACACCGAAAGCAAGAAGAGUGGAACACAUCACACCAGAUGUGGUGGGAUGGAUCGUCCAGGGACUGGGUCGAGUGGUACCACAGCCGGUGGUGAAAUCCAAAGAGGAGGGGGUGGGCGCCGAUGUCGUGCAAAAUGUCUGUAUCCAUCAGGGCCGUGGGGACAUAGUUCUGGAGGAUGUGGACUCUGACUGGGAGAAUGAGAAGCAGAAGCCAGAUGAUCAGAAGGAUCAGGUAGAGCAGGUAGAUCAGCUACGGCAGGUAGAACAGCUGGUAGACCUAGAGCAGCUGGAGCAGGCCGAGCAGCUUGAGCAGAUACAGCAAGUGGAGCAGGUGGAGGGGCCAGAGCAGGUGGAGCAAUCAGAGCAGGUGCAGCAAUCAGAGCAGGUGCAGCAAUCAGAGCAGGUGGAGCAAUCGGAGCCGUCAGAGCAGCCAGAGCAGCCAGAGCAGGUAGAGCAAGUCCAGGAGGUGGAGCAGGUGGAACAGUCAGAACAGGUAGAGGAGGCGGAGGAGGUGGAGCAGGUGGAGCCACCAGAGCAGGUAGAGCAGCCAGCAGAGGCAGAGGAGGUGGAGCAGGUGGAGCCACCAGAGCAGGUAGACCAGGUGGAGCAGGUGGAGCAAUCAGAGCAGGUAGACCAGGUGGAGCAAUCAGAGCAGGUAGACCAGGUGGAGCAGGUGGAGCAAUCAGAGCAGGUAGACCAGGUGGAGCAGGUGGAGCAAUCAGAGCAGGUAGGCCAGGUGGAGCAGGUGGAGCAAUCAGAGCAGGUAGACCAGGCUGAGCAGGUAGAGCAGCUGGAGCAGCCGCAGCAGCUGGAGCAGCCCGAGCAGCUGGAGCAGUCGGAGAGACUGAGCCUGCCGCCUCAGCCCUCACUUCUGGACGCUCAGACACAGACGGAGAACCUGACCGCACCGCAGGAGGAGUCCCAGGCGGAUCGCUGGACACCCCUCGUGGAGAGGAUCAAAAACGAGGCCGGGGUGGUCACCGUGGAAGCCCUGGAGGAGAGGCUGAAGAUGGAGCGGGAGGAGUCGGUGAGGAUGGCACAGGGACUGGCGCAGCAGGCAGUGGAGUUGGCAGUCCGGCAGCUGGAUCAGGAACAGGGGGCAAAGCUCAGCGAACCGCAGCAAUUGUCCAGUAUCCAGGAGGAAGAGAAUGAGGACGAUCCUGAGUUACUGAUGUUACGGGAGGACAGCGAGGAGGACAACGAUGUGAAUAAAUUCACAGUCUCCCAGGUGGAUGCAGGUGCCCCGGAGGGAGUGGCCCAACCUGUGACCCAACAGCCAGGGCCUGCGACAGGAGGGACCGCCGCUCAGGAGGACGAGGUCGUGGAGGACGGGUGCGGAGUCCCUGCCAGCUGCAGUGCGGUAAAGAGCUGCUUAAUCCGUGUCCCCUUCGUGUCCCAGUGCCUGGACUGCUUCAGCAACCUGCUAAAGGACAACAAUGUCAAGCUGCCAAAACUGCCCCUGAGCCUGUCUCAGCUUUCCCAGCAUCUGCCCCAGCUGCCCAAACUGCCCCAACUGCCCCAGCAACUGCCCCAGCUACCCCCGAGGUUAGCCCAGCUGAAAGAGCGUCUGACCAAGUGUCCCAAACUGCCUGAGAAACUGCCCAGCUUGCCUCGAGAACUGCCCAAGGUUCCCAAACUGCCCCAGGAAUUUCCCAAGCUACCCAAAUUGCCCCAGGAGCUGCCCAAACUACCCAAAUUGCCCCAGGAGCUGCCCAAACUGCCCCAGGGGCUUCCGAAACUGCCCAAAUUGCCCCAGGAACUGCCCAAACUGCCCCAGGGGCUUCCGAAACUGCCCAAAUUGCCCCAGGAACUGCCCAAGCUUCCCAAACUGCCCCAGGAGCUGCCCAAGUUUCCCAAACUGUCCUCUCUGCCCUCACGGCUCACACAGCUGCCCCGGCUCGCCAGGCAGUGCUACCUCAACUUCCACAACCGCCUCAACAGCCUCCAGCCCGACAGUGUGCUGGACCUCCCCAACGUGCCCAGCUACCCCCGCCUGCCCCCCAUCAGGCAGCUGUCAGGGCUGUCCAACCCCGGCUUCCACACAGACGAUGGCCCCGCCUCCACCCGCCCCUCAGAGAGCUCUCGACUGAGCGUGCGCCCAGCUGUGAAUGUGGAGGAGGUGGACUCAGAUGGAGAGGUAAAAGGGAGUUCCCACAACCUUCCCCAAAUCGUCACCCCACAGGACCCCAACCUCAAGACCCUCACCGUGCCCGGCGUCUCCGUGACAACCCGCAGAAAGAAGCUGUACUCCCAGGGGGAUGAGGAGGAAGCGGAAGCAGAGACCACCAUGAAGGCGUGGCCCAGCCAGACCAGCCUGCUCAGUGCCGACGAAGGGGUGAAGGAGCGGCCAGCCUCGGCGGCCAGUCAGACCAGCACCAUCAUUAACGAGCGGCUGCAGGAACUGGUCAGGCUGUUCAAGGAGAGAACGGAGCGCACCAAGGAGAGACUCAUCGACCCGGACGAGUCUGACGAGGAGAGCCCCUCCGCCUCCCCCGCCAAGAAGCCCGCAGCGCCUCCUCCACCUCCUCCACCACCCGCAGAGGAGCAGAAGGAGGCGGGGCCGGCAGAGGAGAAGGCAGAGGACGAGGACGCGUAUGACGUCCUGGGCUACAAGCUGAAGCUGCCGCCCUGGGUGAAGACGGUGCUGGAGUACCGAUUCCCGGCCAGCAUCGACCCCUACACCAAUCUCAUCUACGUUCUGUGGCUGUUCUUCGUCACUCUGGCCUGGAACUGGAACCUGUGGCUUAUCCCGGUGCGCUGGGCCUUCCCUUACCAAACCCCCGACAACCUCCACCUGUGGCUGCUGACCGACUACAUCUGCGACGCCAUCUACAUCAUCGACAUCCUGGUGUUCCAGCCCCGCCUGCAGUUCGUCCGGGGAGGAGACAUUGUGUGUGACAAAAAGGAAAUGAGGGAAAACUACAUGAAGACCCUCCGCUUUAAGAUGGAUGUGGUCAGUCUCUUUCCGCUGGAGAUACUGUACCUCAAAACUGGUGUCAACUCCCUGCUGCGGUUCCCUCGCCUCCUCAAGGUCAUGGCUUUCUUUGAGUUCAACGACCGCCUGGAAGCAAUUAUGAGCAAAGCUUAUAUCUACAGAGUUAUUCGCACCACCACCUACCUGUUGUACUCACUGCACAUCAACGCCUGUCUCUUCUACUGGGGAUCUGCCCUUCAGGGUCUGGGCUCCACCAAGUGGGUGUAUAACGGCGUGGGCAACAGUUACAUCCGCUGUUACUACUUCGCCGUUAAGACCCUGAUCACCAUCGGCGGGCUGCCCGACCCAACCACACUUUUUGAGAUCAUCUUCCAGGGGGUCAACUACUUCGUGGGCGUCUUCGCUUUCUCCAUCAUGAUUGGUCAGAUGAGAGAUGUAGUGGGUGCGGCCACUGCAGGCCAGACCUACUACCGGGCCUGCAUGGACAACACCGUCAAGUACAUGACCUCCUACCGGAUCCCCCGCGAAGUCCAGAACCGGGUCAAGACCUGGUACGACUACACCUGGCAGUCCCAAGGCAUGCUGGACGAGCAGGAGCUGUUGGUGCAGCUUCCGGACAAGAUGAGGCUGGACAUCGCUGUGGACGUCAACUACACCAUCGUCAGUAAAGUCGCCCUCUUCCAGGGGUGUGACAGACAGAUGAUUUUCGACAUGCUGAAGAGGCUGAAGUCUGUGGUGUAUCUCCCAGGAGAUUACGUCUGCAAAAAGGGAGAGAUUGGCCGGGAGAUGUACAUCAUAAAGGCGGGAGAGGUGCAAGUGGUGGGCGGUCCUGACGGGAAGACUGUUUUCGUUACGUUGAGGGCGGGGUCUGUGUUUGGAGAGAUUAGCUUACUGGCGGUCGGUGGCGGGAACCGGAGAACAGCCAACGUAGUGGCUCACGGAUUCGCCAACCUGUUCAUCCUGGACAAGAAAGACCUGGCGGAGAUCCUGGUCCACUACCCCGAAUCCCAGAAGCUGCUGCGCAAGAAGGCCAAGAAAAUGCUGACCAAGGACAAGAAGCCGGCAGGGGAGGAGGGCAAGGAGACCGCCCAGGUGAUCCCCCCGAGGCCGGAAACCCCCAAACUGUACAAGGCAGCGCUGGUGGUGACAGAGAAGUCUGGCAUGAAGGGGACCUUCGCCAAGCUCAAGGACAAGACCUACAGGUCCACCUCCAGUUUGCAGGUAUGGACACCCCCCCCAGGCAUCCUCCCCCUCGCCCAUGCCCCCCCCCCCUCCCCGAUGCACCGUCGUUCCCCCAUACCCCGCCAGGCUCCCGGUGACGAUGACGAGCUGGUGUCCGAAACCGGGGACAGCUCCAUGCGGAUCAGAAUCUCCCCCACCCCCCAGGGAGAGGACAUCCUAUCCGUGGAGAUGCUCCCUGACGACGCCCAAGAGGAGCAACCCAAGGAGGAGCAGCCCAAGGAGUAG